CUAAAUCGCAGUUCCCACGGUACGGUCCGCACUUGCUCCAUCAUUUCGGCUGUAAACAACAUCAAAAAGCGCUCUGGCCCCAAGGAUCCCCUAUGUAUUUAUUUGCCUUCAGGCCCGCGCACGCAAUCCCCGCCAGCCAACCCAAUUAGCCUGAUUUCGUGUACGUCAUCGCUGGGCCCAAAAUAAUUUGCAUUGCGACCAGCCAAAAACGCCGGACCAAAGUCGCAUUUGCAUUGUGCUCGAUGACGUCUGGCUUUACUAUUUAUAUGGCCAGCGGACAGAGGCCAUAGCACAAUGAGCUGGGUUCGAGAGAUCCAACAGAUAGCGCAAAUUAACUUAACAAAAGGCGGGCAUGAUGACCACUUAGUACCCUAGAUGAUAGUGUCAUUUUGUUCUGACUAAAGCCAACAUGCAGCACAGCAGCGCGGGAAGUGAGGAGCGGAUAACCAGUACCACCAGUAGUCCCAGAUCUGGUCACAAAUCCGCUGGCUCCCUAUUCGGUUUAUUGAGCAAACGACCCAGUAAAGUGGAACCUCAUCCCGUUACUCCAGAAUCGCCACGACUUCAACAAAGACCAGUGUCCGCCUGUGGACAGUACGAUGUGAGCUUCGCCAAGUGCAGUGCGGAUACCUCAGGAAACCAUGUAAAUAACAAUGGCAGCACCCACAAGAGCCAAACACUGCCGCUGGAGAAGUCGCACAGCGGGCUGAUCAGCUUCCACAGGCGCGCCAAGCCAAGUUCCUCAAAGGGAAAGAAUCACUCGCACCGACAUAGUUCGGAUGCGGGUUCCCAGAGCGAUGGAGGAGCCGAUGUGGUGAUGCGGCGCAAGUCGCCCAAACACCGAUCGCCAAAUCAUAAUAGAUUUAGUCACCAGUUUAGCCUGUGCUGCAAGGCCGAAAAGAAACCUAUGACGCCGCCGGUCACCGUACGGUACAACUCCAUACCGGAUAGCAACAGCGUUUUGCGGCGCGACAACCUUUCGUUAAGCUGGAGUAUGGUGGAUAACAAUUCGGUUUCGUUGCACUCCAGCGAAGGAUCCUCACACCGACCGCGUCCGUCCAGCGAGUGUGCCAGUGCUCCAGAGUCACCGGUGGCUAGUAAAACGUUCUUUGCCCAAUGCAGCCCGGCUGCGGCUAGCGCUUCGGUGGUGCGGAGUGAAAGCCUGCAAAAUAGAUCACCCAUCCGGCCAAUGGCAGUGUCAGCUUGUCGUUCCCGACUGCGUUUAAAAUUGUAUCCACCUGGACAGGAGUUACCACCUCUUCAGGCCGCCGAGGAGCCAGGAGACAUUAAAAGAGCCACUACACCGCAGCACAUGUCCUCGCCCAAUAUUGCCACUCAUCCAGAUGGAAUAGAACCUAUACAGGAGCAGCCCGGCGUUAGGUUCAUGUCUCACGAGAAUAUGACCCUUCAACGUCAGGGAUCGGGAUCUAAUCUGGCCCGCCAAACUUUGAUGGCAGCCCAUGCAUUGAACCUCAUCCCGGCAGAAAAGGCUAGGGAACGGAGUUACUUAGAUGGCAGGCUUGGAUCGUCGUCGCUCUUAGGGCCCAGUGAACUAAGCCGCGUGUUGCCACAAAAGGAGGUCACCAUUUUUGUGGGUACUUGGAACAUGAAUGGACACAGUCCACCCAAGCAACUAAAUGACUUUGUGCUGCCAGCCAAUGUGGAGCACGUACCCGAUAUUGUGGUAAUGGGAACCCAAGAAUCUACGCCUGACCGCUACGAGUGGGAAGUCACCAUACAAGAGACCCUUGGUCCCUCGCACGUACUCUUCCACGCCACAACUUUGGGUACUCUCCACCUCGCAGUGUACAUGCGACGCGAUCUGAUCUGGUACUGCUCGGUUCCUGAAGAUGCCUCUAUGUCGGUGCGCACAGGAUCCGCCUUUCGGACAAAGGGAGCAGUGGCCAUAUCCUUUUGCCUGUUUGGAACUUCCAUGCUGUUCGUGACUUCGCAUUUAACGGCGCACCAGCAAAAGGUGAAGGAGCGGGUGUCGGAUGUGAAGAGGAUCAUCAAUGCUCUGGACUUGCCUCGCAAUUUGCCAAAUCUGCGGCAUAAGAACAAGGAUGUUACGCAGAACUUUGACAAUGUCUUCUGGUGCGGCGAUCUUAACUUUCGGCUUGGCGAGCCACGGGAGAAGCUACUCGAGUGGAUUCAGAACACCAAGUUCCCGUUGCCGUCGCACUUGCCGCACGGCUAUAUGCACACGGAUCAAUUGACUUCCGUUCUAGCGGAUGGCGCUGCCUUCCGGGGAUUUAUGGAGGCAAAUAUCACAUUUCCACCCACGUACAAGUACGAUCCAGGCAGUCAGAACUUUGAUACUUCAUCAAAACAGCGGGCUCCCGCUUAUACGGAUCGCAUCCUCUACAAGUACCGUCAAAUGCAAGGACUAGUUAUCCGUCGGCAGACUCUUGUGCCGGGUGUGUCCACGCCAACGCAGCCCCAUGUACAGUGUUUACUUUACGACUCCGUGCCAUCGAUAACCACCUCGGAUCACAAGCCAGUGUGGGCACUCUUCCGAACCCUCAUCCGUGCGGGAACCGAUGCGAUUCCUUUGGCUGCUGGCCUCUUUAGUCGAGAUAUUUAUCUGGAGGGGAUGCGUCGGCGCUUGAAUAACCAAUACUCCGGCGCCUCUGCCGUAUGUGUGCUACAGUAAACUACUGAGAUAAUAACCAAAGAUAGAAAUAGUGAGCAUGCAGCUGGUUUCCUGUUAGCCAUUCAGCCACAGUGGAAUCUGUGUAGUCAUUUACUCGAAUCUCUAAGUGCUAGUCAAAGCUUUCCUACGGUUGUGUGACGCCUUGUAUUACACCGAUUAGAUCGUUAUCUAGUGCGCAGUCGGAUACCUAAAUAACGUUUUAACCAUGACUUACCCUGCAAUGCUGCGGUAGUUCUUAGGCGCUGCCUUUCGCCUCGAGGCCUUAGUCGUAAUACGUUCCUUAUGAGAUUAUUGAAUACAUACUCGAGCAACAAUUCUGUACCUCUACUCUGAAGCACAAGCCUAGUCCGUAGUUAAACUAAAAAUCUGUUAGUUAAAGUUUAGUCAAAUAUUGAAAUGAAAUCGAACUAUGAAUUACUUUGAAUGUGUAAUCUAAAUCUAAACUAGCAGUAAAUAUACAAUAUGAAUCUGAAAGAUGAGCUUUAUUACUUGUUGAAAUAAUUUAAUAUUUAUUGUUAGUUCUAUUAUUUAAUUCUAUUUAGUUUUUGUAAGAGUUACUGUUGAAUUAUGUAUAGUGAAGUUGAUUAUUUUUAUAAUUUGCAAACCAAAUGAAGUUUUUAAUUUGUUUUAA